AUGGGUGAAACAACAGAAAAUGCAGUAGUAGACACUAAGGCAUUGAAGGAUUUCUCGAUGCCGAAGAUCAAUGACAUUCAGUCGAGCAUUAUCAGGUCUGCGAUAGCGGCUAACACUUUCGAAAUCAAACCAGGCACCAUUCAGAUGGUCCAGAACUCGGUUCAGUUUGGGGGUUUACCUAAUGAAGACCCUAAUAUGCACAUUCGGAAUUUCAUCGAGAUCUGCGACACAUUCAAGUUUAAUGGAGUGCCUGAUGAAGCUGUCAAGUUGAGGCUUUUCCCAUUCUCAUUGAGGGAUAAAGCUAAAGGGUGGUUGCACUCUUUGCCACCAAAUUCAGUCAAUACAUGGGAAGAUCUAGCUCAAAAAUUCCUCACUAAAUUCUUUCCGAUGGCGAAAACUGCAGCAUUGAGGAAUGCUAUUUCACAAUUCUCUCAGCAAAUGGGCGAGACCUUUUGUGAAGCUUGGGAGCGAUAUAAGGAGAUGCUUCGGAAGUGUCCUCAUCACGGCAUGCCAGAUUGGAUGCAGAUCACGUGUUUUUACAAUGGUCUUGGAGCUCAGUCCAAACCUAUGCUUGAUGCUGCUUCAGGUGGAGCUUUGUGGGCAAAAAGCUGUGAUGAGGCUUACGAGCUUAUUGAAAUGAUGGCGGCCAAUGAAUAUCAGAAUCCUACUCAGCGACUACAACAAGGGAAGGUAGCCGGAGUUCUUGAUUUGGAUGCUUCUACGGCCAUUGCAGCUCAGCUCAAAGCUCUUACUAUGAAGGUCGAUUCUCUGGCGAGUCAAGGUGUUCAACAGCCAGUUGUUAUUUGUGAGCUUUGUGCCGGUACACACCCAACUGAUCAGUGUGCCAUAUCUAGUGAGUCGGUACAGUUCGUGAGCAAUUUUCAGAGAGGACAACAGCCUGCUCCAGCUACAUAUCAUCCUAAUAAUCGCAAUCAUCCGAAUUUCAGCUGGAACAACAACCAGAAUUUCCAACCUCAACAACAAAAUUUUCAGCAGGGGCCGAGACAGUACAAUCAAGCUGGUUCGCAGCAGCACUACGCUUCUAAACAGCCAUAUCACCCUCCAGGAUUUCAAAACCAGGGUGCAGCAGGCCAAACCUCUAAUGAGAGGUCGGAAUUAGAGGAGCUGCGAUUGAUGUGCAAAAGUCAGGCCGUGUCAAUAAAGACGUUGGAAACUCAAAUUGGUCAGAUAGCCAAUGCCUUGCUAAACAGGCCGCAAGGAACUCUUCCUAGCGACAUCGAAGCUAAUCCGGGCAAGAAGGAGUUGAAGGAGCAAGUGCAAUCCAUCACCUUACGAUCCGGACGAGUGACAAAGGAACAAAACUCAACAGCAGAGCUGGAUGAAGAAGUUGAACAGCAUGGAGAGGCUACACUUCUUACCAGUCCAACUAGUGCAAAAACUGGUGUUGACGCUAAUUUAGCUUUUGGCAAGGGGGAUGCUAUCAAGGAGGUUGAGAAGGAAAAGCUGCCAAUAUAG